UUAUAGGGGUGGCAAUACUCACGCUCUCCCUAUAAAUGAUGCAUUCGCGGCGAUGUUCUCAGUUUCAAACGAAGUCCAAGACAUGGAAUCUCUUCCAAGCAUCAAAGCGUUUAUUGUGGCCUCGGUCCUCGUCAGCGUGGGAAUGGUGAAUGCUGGCCGCAACGACCGCCGUGACACCUGCUCCAACAGCGACACCCCCUGCUAUGACUAUGCCCUCACCUACAUUAUGGACGGAAGAACCGAGAAUUUCUUUGGCGGAAACCGCACCGAGAUACUUGCCCAUAACUGGCUGAUUGGGCGAACUGAAGCUGACGUCAUACAGGAGGGGAAAAUGGCGACCGCUUGGCUGAUGACGAAAUACGGUAUCAAUUUCACCGACGUGGAGGAUGAAGUGUAUUUAGAUGCCUCCAACGCUGUGACAAGCGAUGACGGCAAUUUAACCUUCACUGCGUUCAUGGUCGACCCUGCUGCUAGGUAUCGGCUAGUCUCGGCCAGCAAGGGACACAAGGUGGAAUUCUUUAACGCCCCGAUAUCUGACGCAGGCUGGGCCGUCAUAGUGAACGAAGACUACUCUGCCAGCGGAACCUUUGACAGUACGCUACCUCAGGGGGCAAUGAUCGUCUACGGUGAUUACAUCAUUCCCCUUUGUGAUCAGACAGAAACAAGGAGAAAGAAACCAAAAGGCAAAGGGCGCAACUGUCGAAAUCUCUUCAACCAGUCUACACUCAAGAUUCAUUACGAAAGUUCGGCGUACAUGCUUACCGUUGAUGGCGUCAUCGUUAUCGACUGUAUCGUCAAGGAGACGUCAUGGGGGGUCGGCAUAGCACGUGGAGCGUCAUUUAUGGAACCUGACAACCUGUACAGCACAAGGAAUGUGUUAACAUUUCCAGCUACAGCGCCAUAGUACAGCUGUCUUCGUGCGCUAGCCUAACAACACCUGACACUUUGAUAUAUAGGAACUUAAAGUGACAUGAAUACCAAAGCUGAUGAAUGCUGGGUAUUAAAACAAAAUCAAUGCUAGACCACCUUAUAUUUUCUGAGUUGCGUUCUCCUAAUGGUGACAUGCAAGCCUAUGACGACAAAUGUUGAUUCUGUAUUUACAGUGUUGGGGGCGAUGGCACAUAUCAGAACUAGACAACCCUGUAUACGUGUCCUUUGUGUUAAACUUGUUUGUGUAAUCCAACUUCAUUUUCGACUUUGCUAUUUUACUUUCAACUUUGCUAUUUUACAUUUAUGACAAACACUUAAUUAGUGUGAUUUUAGUGCUACUGAAUACGUGUCCAUGAUUAAAUAAAGCACCUUAUUUUUCAUAAUA